AUGAAUAACGCGGUAUUUGGAAAGACCAUGGAAAAUGUACGCGAUCGUGUGGAUGUGCGUCUCGUGACGAGUUGGAAGGGUAGACACGGAGCGGAGGCGUUAAUCGCCAAACCGAACUUCCACAGCAGAAGCAUUUUCGCUGAGGAUCUGAUGGCCAUUGAAUUGCGUCGCUUAGAGGUGACGCUGAAUAAACCGUUGUACGUUGGUAUGACUAUUUUAGAAAUAGCUAAAACGCGCUUAUACGAAUUUCAUUACGAUUAUAUGUUGCCUUUGUAUCGAGACAAAUGUAAAAUCAUGUACACGGAUACGGAUAGCUUGAUAUAUUUCAUUGAAUGUUACGAUGUUUACGAGGAUAUGAAACGUUUUAUCGAUCGAUUCGACACGAGCAACUUUUCGGAGAAUAAUCCGUAUGCUAUGCCGUUGGUGAAUAAGAGUGUACCGGGUUUGAUGAAGGACGAGAAUUGCGGCGCUAUUAUGACGAAAUUUGUAGGUUUGAGGGCGAAGAUGUACGCCACGAGAGUUUUUGGGGGGAGGAACACGAAGAAAAUUAAGGGUGUGAAGAAAAAUGUGGUGGAGAGAACGAUAACGUUCGACGAUUUUAUGCGAUGUCUACGAAAUGAUAUAGAAAUGACGCGUCGUCAGUCGAGCGUACGAUCCAGGCUGCACGAGGUGUACAGGGUGCUUCCGCGACCUGCACAUCAUUAA